UAUAUAUAUUGACAUGUUAGUGGCGCCCUCUUAGUGGCGGUUUGCCCUCGUGAAUAAAAGUCAGGCCUAGCUGUGUGGUACACACACAUGUUGGCGGCCCGUCUGAAUCCAUGGGUCUGGGUCUGAUUCAAUCGACAACAAUCAAUAUAUAACAUGGUGUCAGAAGUUAAAAUUUCGCAACUCGGCAACUCCCCGAAACAACUACAGUAAAGCAACAACUGUAUCACCAUGGCGUUUCCCCUGAUCCAACCGCCCAAGCCGUUUGAACCAGGCAGCAACCCCGCCGAAACGUGGUCGGAAUGGAAGACGGCGUAUGAACUCUAUGAGGCAGCCUGCGAGUAUACAGACAAGCCCCCAGCAACCAGGCGAGCGCUCCUGCUACACGUCAUCGGCCCAGCAGCACGGAAAAUUGUCGACACAUUCGUCUUUCCAGCUCCGGCAACUGGUGAGCCUCUAACAGACACAGUGGCCGCUAUCUUUGCGAAGUUCGAUGAGAAGUAUCUGCCGUACAAAAACGUGACGCAGGCGGCAGCUAUUUUCAACUCAAUGUGCCAAAAAGAAAAUCAUCCGAUUGACGACUUCAUCGCUGAGCUACAAGGCCAAUCGAGGAAAUGCGAUUUCGGCGACCAGCACGACCGCCUCCUAGGCGACAGGAUAAUCAUUGGCAUUCGCGACACAGCUCUGCGAGAGCGGCUGUUUCGGGAAAGGAACCUUACUCUCGAAAAGAUCAUCAUGACGUGCAGAGCGGCUGAAAUUUCAAAGCAGCACGUAUCUUCGCUGUUGACGACUGCCGAUAGACAAGAGGCGACGGUCGACAACUUGAACUGCGGAAGACAGCGGCAGGAAAACAGACAACAACCGAGAAAACAGCCCCAAUAUCAACAAAGAAGCAACCAUCCACAACAUAGAGAAGCCAAGCACCAGAAAAGCUGUAGUAGGUGUGGAACCACUCACCUGCCCCGACAGUGCCCCGCCUACGGAUCCACUUGCUACGCCUGUGGCAAGUUUGGACAUUUUGCAAAGCUAUGCCGACAGAAACAACGAGUGGCACCGCGACACGUCCGAACUCUAGACGUGGAGGAAGAAGUGACUGUUCAAGAUUUUGGUCUGGGCAGCCUGACUGUAAACGACAUCGCAGAAGAUUCACUCUCCGACUGGCUUGAGACUGUCGACGUCAGCGGCAACCCAGUGAAUUUCAAGCUGGACACGGGUUCCGAUGUCAACAUACUUCCAGAGCAGCUUGUGUUUAAAUGGGAACCCCAUCCAGCUAUCAAGAAGACUCAAGCAAAGGUUACAACGUAUCUGGGUGAGCAGCUUGAUAUAGAAAAUGAGUGCCAGUUCCUUUGCACUGUGAAGAAUGCCCAGUCCAACGUCAAGUUCUUGCUUGUGAAAGGAAAUCUCAAGCCCAUACUUGGAGCAGCUGCGUGCACAGCCUUAAACCUUUUGCAUCGAGUGAGGCACAUCGAAGUGGCAAAUAAAGCCUCUCAUCCUGCUCCGGACUUUGAACAAAUACUUCAAGAAUUUCCAGAAGUAUUCAAGGGCAUCGGCAAACUCCCAGGAGAAUACAGCAUUCGCCUGAAACCGGAUGUAAAGCCUACGGUGUCUGCCCCUCGCCGGGUGCCAAGUGCACUCGAAGAAACUGUGAAGGCCGAGCUCACAAGAAUGCAGGACAAUGGCAUUAUCAAGGCCGUGACAGAACCAACUGACUGGGUUCAUCCCAUCGUCAUCAUCACAAAGAAGGAUGGAAAUGUGCGGAUCUGUCUGGAUCCAAGAAACCUAAAUGCAGCAGUUAAGAGGCAGCACUACCGCAUUCCAGUUCCAGAAGAACUUUUUGCGCGGCUAUCUGGGUGCACUGUGUUUUCAGUGCUUGAUGCCAAAAGUGCAUUUUGGCAGCUGGCUCUUGAUGAAGAGAGCUCGUACCUGUGCACAUUUGCCACACCUUGGGGUCGGUACAGGUUCCUCAGAGUUCCGUUUGGACUCAGCACAGCUCCAGAGCUCUUUCAGCAAGCCAUUGACAGAAUCUUCGAGCGCCAAACCAUUGUGAUGCCGUACUUUGACGACAUCUUGGUAGCCUCUAGAACGCAGAGUGACCAUGCAACCCAUCUGCGAAAGGUGCUUGAAAUAGCAUGCAACAACAAUCUGAAGCUAAACAAGGACAAGCUCAAGCUGGGACUGUCUACAGUAACCUACCUUGGUCACCAGCUUACCCAAGAAGGCAUUGCUCCUGACCCUGAAAAGGUAAAGGCAAUCCAGGCCUUACAACCACCAAAUGACAAGGCAGAGCUCCUGCGAUUUCUCGGAAUGGCAACAUACCUUAUGAAGUUUAUUCCAAACUUCUCAACAAAGACGCAACCUCUGCGUGAGCUCCUGAAGUCCGACGUGGCAUGGCACUGGACUCGCGAGAUGUCCAAUGCAUUCAACGAGAUCAAAGACAACCUGACCACUGCUCCAGUGUUGCAUUACUUUAAUGCUUCGCGACCAAUUGUGAUAUCAACCGACGCCAGCUCGUAUGGAAUUGGCAGCAUCCUUCUGCAGGACGGACAUCCAGUGGCAUACGCAUCAGCAGCACUAACGCCGGCACAGCAGCGCUACGCGCAAAUAGAAAAGGAACUGUUGGCCAUAGUGUUUGCGUGUGAGCAGUUCUACUACUACAUCUGUGGUCGAAGCGUCGUGGUGGAGACUGAUCACAAGCCCCUCAUCGGCUUGCACCAAAAGGAAUUCUACAAAAUCUCCCCCAGACUCCAACGCUUGCUCCUUCGUAUCCAGCGUUUCACGGUGAAGCUAGUCCAUGUGCCUGGAAAACACUUGACAGUUGCUGACACACUGUCUCGUGCACCUAAUCCAGCGCAGACCAUCAAGACAGUAGACGAGGAACAUGGUGUCCUGGUCUGCACAUUGGUUCAAGCAUCCACAGCAAAGCUGGCUGAAAUCCAAGCUAGCACGGCAGCAGAUGAGGUCUUGAAGCGUGUAACGACCUACAUCGAACACGGUUGGCCAAAUAAAAUCUCAAAGGUCCACCCGUCAGUCAGACCCUUCUACUCAAGAAGAAGUGAGCUCUACAUAGCCGAUGGCUUCGUCUGCUAUGGCGAACGACUAGUAGUGCCAGAAGCAUGCAAGAAGGAUGUGCUCUCAAGACUUCACAUGACCCAUCGCGGCAUUGUCGCAUGCAAAAACCUGGCUUCCCAAAGCGUCUUCUGGCCUAGGAUGAACCAGGACAUCGAGGAGCUGAUCAGCAGCUGUGAAGUUUGUCAACGCCACCAAAGAGCAAAUCAAAGAGAACCACUUCUUGACCGAGACUUGCCAAUACGCCCAUGGGAGAAAGUAGCCAUGGAUUCCUUCUACCACGGUGGCACCACUUAUUUGCUUGUGGUAGAUUAUUACUCGAAGUUUGUGGAAGUCAAGAAAAUGUCGACUACAACGGCAUCUGCUCUUAUAUCAGUGCUCAAGGAGCUGUAUGCGUGCCACGGCAUACCAAGUGAAGUUGUCAGUGACCAAGGCCCCCCAUUUAAUUCUGUGGAGUAUAGAAGCUUCAACAAGGAGUGGGAUAUCGUCCACAACCCAUCGUCACCACUCUUUCCGAGGUCCAAUGGACAAGCAGAAAGGACAAUACAAACCAUCAAGGCCACAAUGACUAAGGCUCUCUCCGAAGGAAAGGACUUGGCACUAGUGUUGAUGACCUACAGAGCAACGCCAAGUAACGGCCUUCCAUCUCCGGCAGAAAUGUUGAUGGGAAGAAGAAUAAGGACUUUAUUACCAGCCUGUCCAAGCAGCUUGCUGCCACACUAUCCACACAAGUCAUUCUCCAAGCAGCUUCAAGCAAGGCAGCGUGCACAGCAUAAACAUGCGGAUCAACAUGCGAAAGAGAUGCCUCAUUUUCAGAAGAACCAGCCAGUUUGGUUUUGGCAUGGAAAAAGUUGGAGAAAAGCAGUUGUGACACAGGUGGGUCCAGCUCCACGAAGAUACCAGGUGACAUCGCCAGAUGGCCAGAGCUACGCACGUAACCGCCAUCACCUUCGUGUGAGAAUCGACUCCAGAGAGUCCAAGCCCAACCGGAAAGCUGACCCGAGGAAACCCCGACUGACGGCUGAGGACUACUAUCCUCUAGACUCCUCGCCCACUGCCAGCAACUCCCCUCGUCAGUCCAAUGCAACAGACUCGCCACCACAAGCUCAACCCCGCCAGACUCGCUCAGGAAGACCUGUGAAGAUUCCGUCAAGGUUCCUGUACUAAACCCAGUCGGACAUUUUAUUUUUGUGCAUUUGUUACUUGUGUGGCGGCAUGUUAUAUAUAUAUUGACAUGUUAGUGGCGCCCUCUUAGUGGCGGUUUGCCCUCGUGAAUAAAAGUCAGGCCUAGCUGUGUGGUACACACACAUGUUGGCGGCCCGUCUGAAUCCAUGGGUCUGGGUCUGAUUCAAUCGACAACAAUCAAUAUAUA